AUGGAUCCCAACAAUUCUUCUAAUUAUCCCAACAAUUCUCAAAAUCCCAACAAUUAUCAAAACUCCAACAAUUAUCAAAAUCCCAACAAUUAUCAAAAUUCAAAUCAAUUUUUUAACCAACAUCCUCAAAACAUACCUAAUUUUGGUUUAACACCAAAUUUCAACCAAUCAUCCUUUGUUCCAAACUUUCAUCCAUAUUAUGGAUCUAUGCUGAGAAAUCCAUCUCAAACACCCCCGUUUAAUGGUUACAUGCCGAUGGUUAAUGAAAAUUUUCCGAGUGGUGGUACAACUAACUUUCCCGAAUUCUCAACACAAAUAACUAUUGCUAAUGAAGAUUCAACUCCUAAGAGCAAGAAAAACCAGCAACCAUCAUGGAACACUGAACAAAAUUUGGUGCUAAUUAGUGGGUGGAUCAAAUUUGAAACAAGCAGUGUUGUCGGGAGAAACCAGAAAGGUGAAACAUAUUGGGGUCAAAUUGCUGACUAUUGUAAUGAGCAUUGCUCAUUCGAUCCUCCGCGUGAUGGAGUUGCAUGCCGAAACAGUUUUAAUUAUAUGAACAAAAUACUGGGUAAAUGGAUUGGCGCUUAUGAUGGCGCUAAGCGUUAA